AGGUCCUGCCAGUUGUAGGCGCUGUUCCAAACACAAGCUGCAAAAAAAAAAACACAAAUCGAUUGUUUAUUUUUUGUGUUUGUUUACAUUUUUUUUCCAAAUGGCUUCGACUUUGCUAUCACCCAUGGUGGAUUAUUACAACGAUGAAGAAGAGCUGGACAGCGUGGAGGACGACGAUGACCGCAGUUUCAGAGGCAGAGACUCAGAGGAAGACACGGAAGAUGCCAGUGAAACAGACCUUGCCAAGCACGACGAGGAUGACUAUGUUGAAAUCAAAGAGCAAAUGUACCAAGACAAACUGGCCUCUCUGAAAAGACAGUUGCAGCAGUUACAAGAAGGUACACUGCAAGAGUAUCAGAAGAGGAUGAAGAAGCUGGACCAGCAAUACAAAGAGAGACUCCGAAAUGCAGAUCUGUUUCUCCAGCUUGAGACGGAGCAGGUGGAGAGGAACUAUAUCAAGGAGAAGAAGGCAGCGGUGAAGGAGUUUGACGAUAAAAAAGUCGAACUGAAGGAAAACCUAAUUGCAGAGUUGGAGGAGAAGAAGAAGAUGAUCGAGAACGAGAAAUUAACAAUGGAGCUGACAGGCGACUCAAUGGAGGUAAAACCCAUCAUGACCCGGAAGCUGAGGAGACGGCCCAAUGAUCCGGUCCCGAUACCAGACAAACGGAGAAAACCUGCACCAGCUCAGCUAAACUAUUUGUUAACAGAUGAACAGAUAAUGGAAGAUCUAAGAACACUAAAUAAGCUUAAGUCGCCGAAACGGCCAGGUAUGUCGAUGCUCACCUUUUACAGUGUCGCCGACGACUCCGGAGCACAUCCCCCCCGCUCCUAUGGAGAGCCCCAUCCAGCGCUACGAGGCCCGCAUCGAGGACGGCAAACUAUACUACGACAAACGAUGGUAGUACCACAAGAGCCAGGCCAUCUACCUGGAGUCAAAGGACAACACAAAGAUUAGCUGCGUCAUCAGCUCAGUGGGGACCAAUGAGAUUUGGGUGAGGAAGACAAGCGACAGUACAAAGAUGAGGAUCUACCUGGGACAACUGCAGAGGGGAGCGUUUGUCAUCCGCCGACGGUCGGCUGCGUGAAACAUUACCCCACCCCUCCCCACCCAACCCCCAUCUGUUCAUUUAUCCAUCCAUCCAUCCAUCCAUCCAUCCGCUUGUUCAUCCACUGUUUCACUAUUUGGUGCAUCUCAGUUUGACACGUGGCCUCUUAUUCUUCAUCAUAUACACCACCCCCCAUUACACAAGCAUACACACCGUCUUCUGUGGCCAAGAGAAUAUCUCAUCAGAUUUUAUCGGUUUCCCCACAUAAACCAAAUGAUAGUACAGUAAAAGUGGUGAUAUACGCAACUGGCUGUUUUCCGGCAUUAUUUGUCACUGUGUGGCAUGUGUGUGAAGGCAGUUAGUUGUCAUAAAGGAGCCUACUUUGAUUUUGUGUCUCAUGCUGUCAACACAAAUCUUUUCUACACCAUGCAGUCUUACAUAUUUACAUUUAUCAUUAAGUUAUUUUUCUUGAACAGCCUCAUGUUGGCCCACAGAAACUGUCUUCAAGCCUUUGAAAGUGUCUCACUGGUGACAAAGCAAGCACUGAAAAACAGACGAGGAAAUGCAUCAGGUUUGGCUGAUUAUCAUGAAUCUCUUGACUGAAGAAGUUACAGUUUCCUCAUAGCAGGAGUCAUGCCAUUGUCAAAAGAAUACUCCUUUUGCACUGUAAUCAAGAAAUGGCUGCUUGCUAUGCUGAUGGUUUGUUUAAAGUCCUAUGUAUUAACACCUAAAUUUCUUAUUUGAAAAAAAAUGUAUUUUGACGUUUCAUUUUGUUUGAUCCUCUCCAUAUGUGAACGACCUGGAUUAAUUCAACUGUAUUUGCAUGUGGAGCGCUAAGUUGAAUGUUGAUUUGUACUGUGUUCCAUUUUAUUAAAAUGUUUUCUGCAUUUUAUUAAUUUGAUGAAAAGGUU